CGCCAUCUUUGUUUUGUGCGCCAUUACAUUUUGGAUUCUAUGUCAAUAUUUGACACAUUAUUUUGGAUUAAUUUUAACACAUUUUAGACUAUCAGACGUAAGGGCCACCUUGACCUGGACUGACAAUGGGAUGCAUAGGAUGCUGUGGAGGUCUAGGACGAUGCUGUAUCGUCCUUAUAAACAUGAUACUAAUCGUGGUGUUCGCCCUGAUAUUGCUGCUCUUUACUGUCGUGUGGAUCUAUCCUGAUUUGCCGUUAGUACUGGAUAUGUACGAGGGCGACGUGAAGUCAGAGAUGCAAACAAGUACUGUUAUCAAGGUUGAGGAUGACUGGCACAUCACAAAGUUCAGUCUGUACGCCACGUUUUUGUAUCUGGUGUGGGCCGUGGCUGGGGUAGGACUCCUGCUCAGUAUCUGUGGCUGUGUAGCAUCUUGCUGUAAAUACAAAGGAUGCAUCUGCGCUUACUCUAUCAUCGUUCUGAUUCUGGUGGUGGCUCAACCUGUUGCGCUGAUCAUGCUUCCGAUAGCCGAUGCCAAUCCUAUCUUGGGCACGCUGCGCAGUAUCUUAGAGGACAGUUUCAGUAGUUUCCAGGGAAUGGCUGGAGGAACAGAUGACGACAAUGCCUGGACAUUUGUCAUGUGGAAGAACACUUGCUGUGGUGUGGAAGGUUACAAACUGUCGGAGGCGUUCCUGCAAACGUUGUCAUCGACAAAGUCGUGUUGUCCGCCGGCGAAGGUCCUGUUAGACACGUGUACUAAGGCUGAUAUGUACGAAAUGGGCUGUGUGGACGCGUUGUAUGACAAGAUAGCCGGCACCAAUGGCUAUAUCCAGUACUGUCCAUUCCUCCUCGGUCUACAGUUUAUGCUUGUGUUCUUUGGGUGCUGUAUGGUUCUGAAGCUACAAUUAAAGAACCAAGUAUCGGAGGAACUUGAAGAGAGGUUACCACCAAAACUUGUUACAAGCAAGACGGCGCCUAAGGACAAUGUGUUUGCUGUUUCAUUUGGAUACCAGUAGUAAAGAGAUAGGAGAACCCUUAAUGAAUAUGUAUAUAUCUAGAAAAGAGUUAAUAUUUUGGAAUAGAGUUACGACACCCUUUUAAUGAAUAUGUAUUUAUUUAAAAUAGAGUAACGACCCCCCUUAAUGAAUAUGUAUACAUCUAGAAUAGAGUUACGACACCCCUUAAUGAAUAUGUAUACAUCUAGAAUAGAAUUACGACCCCCCUUAAUGAAUAUGUAUUUAUUUAAAAUAGAGUUACGACCCCCCUUAAUGAAUAUGUAUACAUCUAGAAUAUAAUUACAACACCCAUUUAAUGAAUAUGUAUAUAUUUUGAAUAGAGUAACGACACCCCUUAAUGAAUAUGUACACAUCUAGAAUAGAGUUACGACCCCCCUUAAUGAAUAUGUAUAUAUCUAGAAUAGAAUUACAACACCCCUUAAUGAAUAUGUAUAUAUUUUGAAUAGAGUAACGACCCCCCUUAAUGAAUAUAUAUAUAUCUAGAAUAGAGUUACGACACCCCUUAAUGAAUAUGUAUACAUCUAGAAUAUAAUUACAACACCCAUUUAAUGAAUAUGUAUAUAUUUUGAAUAGAGUAACGACACCCCUUAAUGAAUAUGUACACAUCUAGAAUAGAGUUACGACCCCCCUUAAUGAAUAUGUAUAUAUCUAGAAUAGAAUUACAACACCCCUUAAUGAAUAUGUAUAUAUUUUGAAUAGAGUAACGACCCCCCUUAAUGAAUAUAUAUAUAUCUAGAAUAGAGUUACGACACCCCUUAAUGAAUAUGUAUACAUCUAGAAUAUAAUUACAACACCCAUUUAAUGAAUAUGUAUAUAUUUUGAAUAGAGUAACGACCCCCCUUAAUGAAUAUGUAUACAUCUAGAAUAGAGUUACGACACCCCUUAAUGAAUAUAUAUAUAUAUCUAGAAUAGAAUUACGACCCCCCUUAAUGAAUAUGUACACAUCUAGAAUAGAGUUACGACCCCCCUUAAUGAAUAUGUAUAUAUCUAGAAUAUAAUUACAACACCCAUUUAAUGAAUAUGUAUAUAUUUUGAAUAGAGUAACGACCCCCCUUAAUGAAUAUGUAUACAUCUAGAAUAGAGUUACGACACCCCUUAAUGAAUAUGUAUAUAUCUAGAAUAUAAUUACAACACCCAUUUAAUGAAUAUGUAUAUAUUUUGAAUAGAGUAACGACCCCCCUUAAUGAAUAUGUAUACAUCUAGAAUAGAGUUACGACACCCCUUAAUGAAUAUGUAUAUAUCUAGAAUAGAGUUACAACACCCCUUAAUGAAUAUGUAUAUAUUUUGAAUAGAGUUACGACACCCCUUAAUGAAUAUAUAUAUAUCUAGAAUAGAAUUACGACCCCCCUUAAUGAAUAUGUAUACAUCUAGAAUAGAGUUACGACACCCCUUAAUGAAUAUGUAUAUAUCUAGAAUAUAAUUACAACACCCAUUUAAUGAAUAUGUAUAUAUUUUGAAUAGAGUAACGACACCCCUUAAUGAAUAUGUAUACAUCUAGAAUAGAGUUACGACACCCCUUACUGAUUAUAUAUAUAUGUAGAGUCGGGAAAUCCCUUAAUGAACAUGUACAUAUUUAAAAAUAGAUUCUGAAAACCCCUCGAUGAAUGUAUGUACACAGUUUUGUCAAACAAAUCCAUAAAAAGGAACAUAGAUGUAUACAAUGUUUGUCUAGUUAUAUUUCCAUCACGGUCUUGGAUAUGGAUAGUUAUCUGCAUAAAUCGGAGUGACAUUGAUUGUGCUGGCCAUUCUUUAUUAAGUUGAAUUCACAUAAAAUGUUUUAUAAUUAAUUUUGAAUAUAAAUACUUUAUUUUAUUUUCAUUACCAUAUUCUUUAAAGUAUUUGUGAAAAAAAGAGAGUUAACUAUCAUAAAUCAGGUCUCUUAUCAGUGAGAAAAUAAAACAUUUCGAGAAUUAGAAUGGACUAACAAGGUACUCUAACCGGACUAUCGAUAUCCUGGAAUUAUAUA